AUGGUCCAAUUGAAGAACCUUGACAAGUAUCUGGCGGAAAUCAGCACGUCAAACUACAAGGAAAUAUCACAGAAUAUCAACAGCGAGAUUCAAGAUGUUGUUGCCACUUCAGAAGAUGAAUCCAUCAACAGAUCUUCUAUCAUCCUAGAGCUGCUAUCAGAUAGUAUAUGCUUUGAUGGUAAACAGGGCCCUCAGCUACUUGAGUACGCAGAACCUAUAUUGUCCAAGAUUUAUGAUUUAGAAAAAGACACAACAACACUCGAUGUUAUACCAGACCUUAUAGACCAGUUCUUUGACAAUUUCAAUGAAAUAGAGCAAGACUCAAACAAUAUUCAGCACUUGAAUCUUCUUUUCUUGACACUAUGUGUUGCGUUUAACUCUGACACUGAUGACCCAGAUCAGUAUUUUUUGCAAACCUUCUUAAUUCAAUUCAUUUUGAAAAGCAGUACCAAAUCAGAUAGAAACAAACAUAUCAUAUCGCAGUCACCAGGAAUCUUACACAUCGUUUCAAAUAAAAUCAUAGAUACAGAAUAUGAUGAGUUUGUUGCUAAACUUUUCAUUCAUCUUUCUGAGUCUAAAUUAAGACCAAUAGAGUUACUGAAGAUCAUACAUCACAUUUCAGAACCCAAAUCCAUAGAAAAAACUCAAAACGUCACCUCACUUUUGUCGUCAUUAAUAGAUAUACAGACAACCAAUCAUUUGCAUUUCAAAGACUCGGCAGUCGAGCUUACUGUUACCCAAAAGAUACCAAUAUUUGGUUAUACCUACCAGUUUUGGGUGAAAUUCAAUUACACAAAGAGUUUCACUUUAUUUACAGAUACUACUGGUACUCAGGUGCGGCUUGAGGAUGGGAAAUUGUUUCUAUAUCACAGAAGCAGGCUUGUGGGCAAAUUCGAUGGUUUCCAGUUUGAAGAAUGUCGCUAUUACCAUAUCGUAUUUUUACAUCAGUUAUCACGGUCAUCUAGUGGGAGCACAAUGAGAGCCAAAAUAAAACUUUAUGUGGAUGGUGAAUUUGUUGAACAGAUACGGUGUAUCUAUUCCUUGAAGGAUAGAAGCCAAUUCGAAUCUUCAGGUGAUGGGUUUCAGGCUACUGUUUCUUUGGGCUCUGCCAAAUGUGAUUUCAACUUGUCAAAUUUCUUGAUGCUUAAUGAAAUUCAACCAACUGAAUGGAUAUUGAUGUCAUUUUAUUUGGGGGUUGACUACAAUGGUGAUUAUUCAGAUGACAAUUUGAUGAGGUUUUUGAAUACAUUUGAUAGAACCCGUUUCAACUUAAGGCUACUGGAGGUGUUAAAUAAUACUGAUGGUGAUAUAGGCUUGGAAGACCUUGCAUUGAAAGUUGAAAAAAAUAAUUUGCUGAUGAAUAUUAGGGCAGGGAUUGAAAGUGAAUUCUUGAGAGUAGGGGAUGAUAUGUUGGUUUCUUUGGACUCAUCUAAAGCCAAGGUUACUGGCAAUAUUUUUUCUUACACAUCACAGAGCACACAUGAGGUAUUCUACUCAAUUGGUGGAAUCCAGCUGCUACUAAAGCUUAUUGAGUCUUCUCAAAAUAUGGAGUCUUUAUUUCAAUCAACAAGCGUUUUGCUCAAACUCAUCAAUACCAAUUGGAAGUUUGUCAUCGAAAUGGAAACAUUAAAUGGUUACCAAAUCUUAUCAACACUCUUAAAAGUCAAAAAAGCAGAAUUUCGUGAAAACCUUAAUAUCAAUUUUCUUGACUUGAUACUUGGAUUUGUUGGCUAUAAUAGUUUAUCUCCGUUUAACUCCACUAUUUCAAAUCCAUUAGCCUAUGAGUGUUUGAUACUUGACUUCAAUCUUUGGAAACCAAUAGAUGAUGAAUCAAAACCAGAAAACCUCAAGCUGGUAAAGUUUUUGAUUUUCCAAUUCACGGUUUUCACCAGAGAGUGCAAAUAUAGCACUUUCAAUGUGUUGAAGUUGAAGAAGUUGAAAGUUGUGAAAAGAAUUCUCAAUUUUUUGAGUCAAGGGUAUUUUUCUGAAGAUAUGGAGGAAAUACUAUUUGAUACUCUUUUGCUACUAAUGAAGUCAAAUUUGACUUCUGAUAAUGUGAAAUCCCUAUCAUCAUUUGUGGUAUACUCGCUCAAUGAAGGUAAUGAGUUUACAGCAACCCUUGUUUUGAAAGUGUUGGCUACAGUAUUCUUAGAUCCAUUAAUUUCAAAUAUCAAUUAUUGGAAAAAAUUAUUCAGUACUGUGUCUGUUAAAUGGAUUCUCCUUGUGAUUCAACUUGGUAAUAAAAAUAAAGUUAUUGUUGAUACAACAUUGACAUUAAUACUCAAGAUAUUUCUAAUGACAAGCAAAUCAUAUGACAUCUUUUUGAAAAACAAUGGAUUAAAAAUCUUGUUCAGUGCUUUGAGAGAUGUUAAAUUUGAUAAGGUUGAAACAAAUGUGUUGGUGAAAGGUUCUUUUGGCCAAUAUCAGUAUGAUUUGAAUUUUAGCAAGUUGGAUGCUGAAGUUUCUGAUUUGAUAACAACUUAUGAUUCAUUGGUCAUUCCAGAAUUGCAUUAUCUCAUUUUGGACUCAUUAGAGUGGACAGUUUUGAAUGAUAUUUUCAAAGCCGAUUCUCAUGACAAGAUCUCUCAGUUGAUAGAUUCAUACAUCAACUUUCUAUCAAGAGCUUCAGAAGAGUUAAAGAGUACAGAAAGAUUUUUCCAGAACGAUAAGCUGUUCAUUAACAAAUUAUGCAACUUGAUUAUUCUUUUAACAAAACCACAGAACACUACGAUUUAUUUUGACUCGUCAGAGAAAAUUGUUCAAUUUUUAUCAAGAAUCAUUUUAUCAAAGCUUUUCAAAGGUGAUCCAAAUGCUUUGGAAUCUUAUAUUAAUACGUUUUUAAUGAAGUCUGAGGAUCAAACUUCAGAUGCAACAAAAACACUAUUCUUGUCUCUUGUGUUCCCAAAAGUUAUUGUCCACCUCCAGGAAUUUUCAUCAGAGUUUGAAGUAUUGUUUACCACUGGUGGUGUUGAGCUUUCAAGCUUGGCUGUAUUUCUCAACUUUAUGAAUGAGAAACUCUUGGAUUUUGAAUGGAACUUGAAAGAUUAUUUUAACUAUUUGACAGUUCUGCUUGAUAUCAUUGAGGCAUACAAAAACUCCAAUAAGAACACAAAGGGUGGAAGUUUCAUCAACAUAAAGAAAAACAUUACAAAUGCUACUACCGUAUUGAUGUAUGUUCUCACAGGUACUGAUUCGGUUGAACAAACUGAGAACUUUUUGAAAAUACUGCUAUUUCAUCAACAGAAUUUGUUUGAUGUUGGUUGCUUGACAAAUGAUUGUGUUUCAAACUUGGUUUGUUUUCUUCUUGAAAUUUCAACAAUGGGGCAUAGUGUUACCACAAGCUUGGCUUUGAACUGCUUGAGAAUUCUUUUGAUGCGUCGUCAACAUGAUUUGGCAUCCAUUUGUUCCUCUAUAACAUUCAAGAAUUAUAAUUCAACUUCUAGAUUUCUUGAUGCCAUUUUGUCUGUCAAUGAUGAAGAUCUUGUUCACCAACUAGAAACUGACACUAAAUUGAGAACCACUUUUAAGAGCCACCUAGAUGGGUUUGCCAACAAAAUUACUAAAAGGUUGACCAAACAACAACGUGAAACAUCCGAACAGAAGAUGACUGAUCUUUUUGUCAAACAUGAUCAAUUUAUCAAGAUAAAGUAUGAAAAUAUUGAAGCUUUAUCCAAGUUGUUGAAGAAUGAUAAUGAAGUACUCAGAGUCAAAGUUGUUUCUAAUGAAGCUAAUAGGCUAUCCAGACAUGCCCAAGAUCAACAAGAUAACUUACAAUUCUACAUCACAUCGUUCAACAAGUUGAAAUUAGAUACCUCAAAAUUUAUUAAUACUAAUUUUAAUACUGAAGAACUGAAUAAAAGGUGGACACUUGAUUACAUGGAGGGCAGUGAUAGAAUGCGUAAAAGAUUAUUACCCUAUGAUGAUUUGGCAAGUGAUCAAAAGGUCAAUUUUUCUAUUGAGGUACCUGUCAAGCAAGCAGUUAAAGAUGUACAAAAUGGCCAUCCAAAAGUGGAAUCUUUGAGCUUGAACUCGUUUGAGUUGAUUGAAAAUGAUCUCGCUGAUGAAUCUAUUGGAACAUACAAUGAUAAAAACAGAAAAGUAUUGAAGAGUUUAUUCUCGGGUGAUAGAAUUCAAGAGCUCUGGAAUGUCAGUCAAGUUGUUGGUUUGGAAAUAAAUGAAGGUAUUUUGAUUUUGGGUCAAACACAUAUUUAUCUUAUUCAAAACUAUUUCCAUAAAUCGGAAAAUGAUGAAAUUAUUGAUAUUGAUGAUGCACCUGACAGUGAAAGAGAUCCAAACGUAAAGCUUAUUUCAGGACAACCAAGACCAAAAACUUCGGAAAUUAAGACUGUUGAUAAUCAUAGUGUUCAAAGUUGGGAUUUAGGCAAACUGACCUCAGUCACAAAGAGACAAUUCUUACUUCGUGAUGUUGCUUUGGAGAUGUUUUUCAGUAAUGGUAGUAGUUUUUUGAUUACUUCCAUAAAGACAAAAGAUAGAGAUGCAAUUUAUGUUAAACUUUCAACAGUUGCUACAAAUUCCAAUAUUGAUAGUGAUUUGUCUGCUAUUUUCAAAGAAACUAAUUUGAAUAGUACAUCUGGCCUUACUGGUAGAAACUUAUCAAUCAAAUUAGCUAGUGUAUUUGGUGCUGAUUAUAUCAAUUAUCUUGAAGCUACCAAGAAAUGGCAAAGAGGUGAAAUGUCAAAUUUUUAUUAUUUGAUGAUUUUGAAUACUUUAGCUGGGCGUACUUUUAAUGAUUUGACUCAAUAUCCAAUUUUUCCAUGGGUUAUUGCUGAUUAUACAAGUGAUGAAUUGGAUUUAUCAAACCCUUCCAAUUUUAGAGAUUUAUCAAAACCUAUGGGAGCUCAAACUCCACAAAGGGCUGCACAAUUUAAGGAAAGAUAUGAGGCGUUACAAAGCUUGGAUGAUGAAGAAUCGCCAGCUUUCCAUUAUGGUACACAUUAUUCUUCUGCUAUGAUUGUUGCUUCGUUUUUAAUCAGACUUGAACCAUUUGUUCAAUCAUAUUUGUUACUUCAAGGUGGUAAAUUUGACCAUGCUGAUAGACUUUUCUAUUCAAUUGAGAAAGCAUGGAAUUCGGCAUCAAGAGAGAAUACAACAGAUGUUCGUGAAUUGAUUCCAGAGUUUUAUUUUCUUCCAGAGUUUUUAACAAAUUUGAACAAGUAUGAGUUUGGUAAAUUACAAGAUGGCACUGAAAUUAGUGAUGUUGAAUUACCGAAAUGGGCACAUGGUGAUCCUAAGAUCUUUAUCGAGAAGAAUAAAGAAGCAUUAGAAAGUCCAUAUGUUUCUGAACAUUUACAUGAAUGGAUUGAUUUAAUAUUUGGAUUUAAACAAUUGGGGCAAGAGGCUGUUGAUGCUUUGAAUGUUUUCAACUACUUGAGUUAUCACGGUGCAAUUGAUCUAGAUAAAAUUGAUAAUGAAAUUGAAAGAAGAUCAAUAACCGGUAUUAUCCAUAAUUUUGGUCAAACUCCAUUACAAGUUUUCAAUAAACCACAUCCCAUCAAAGAUGUCACUUCUUUAGUUCGGUUGAAAUAUGAAAAAAUCAAGAAGGCUCCAACGUUAAUUUAUCAGACAAAAUUUCAUUCACCUAUUCAUUAUCUUCAAUUUAAAACUCAUAGCGAUAAUUCAGGUGAUGCAUUUUGGAGAGGAUACCCUAAACUAUUUCUCAAUGGAGAUUCUGAGAUCAAACAAGGCACAAGUAAAGGUUCAAUGGUUAUAAAUAGGAAAUCAUAUGAGAGAUUACAUGAUGAUGAUAUCACAGUUUUAGCUAAGGUGAAUGAUGAUAUUAUAAUUACAGCUUCAUCUAAUGGUGUUAUCCAUAUAUGGCAUCAUAAUGUGAUAAUCAAAACUAUCAAUGAACAAUUGGAGUUUGAAACACAAUUAAGGGCACAUCUUUAUGAAAUUGUUGAGUUGAAAGUAUCUCCCGAAUAUAAUCUAUUAUUAAGUUUGGAUUCUGAAGGAAAUUGUUAUUUAUGGGAUUUAGCUAGGUAUAAGUUUAUUAGAAAGAUUAGUUCCAAUUGUGAUCAUGUUGCAAUUUCAUAUGAUUCAGGAAUGAUUUCAACUUCAGUGGGGUCAACGUUACAACUAUUCACUAUCAACGGGGAAUUAAUUUGUUCCAAAGAGUUUGAUAUUACUGAUUCCACAAUCACUUGUUUGAAUUUUGCAACUUCAAGAAAAUUGGGAAAUUUCAACAAGUCUCAAAAUGUUGAAUGUCAUGAAUACUGGUCAGAGAUUGGAAUCAUCCUUACAGGGUGGUCGAAUGGUGAUAUUAAACUCGAUGAAUUAGCUGUUAAUAGUCAAGGAGAAUGGGGUUUACAAGAAAAAGGACAUAUAAGGUUCAAUAAUGAGAAGGAUUCGAAACAUGAAAAUGAAGAAAUCAGUAUUGUUGAGGCAUAUUUAAAAAGCUAUGUGAAUCAUGAAGGUGAACGUAUUGGUAAUGUUGAGAUUGUUGCAGGGGAUGUUAAUGGAAGAGUUGCGGUUUGGAGAUAG